GAGCUCAUCCUAAACGUUGUAGUCUACGCAUACAAACCCUGGUGACUUGUACUACAUCACUGGUGGGUUUUAUUCUGCCAUUUGUUCUGGCUUGUGCUCUGGUUUUCCAGUAACUUAGCGAUAAACAUGUUGAUAAAGAUGGUAUUCGACAAUACUUGAAUUUUUUUAUAGUGCGGAAGUAGUUGUUGAUUUUGAAAACAUUUUCUAAUCAUGUUUUUCCCAUCCCUGAACUCACCUUCUUAUCAAUCCAUCCAAUAAUGAAUAGUAGUAUCUUUGCUAGCUCGGAAGAUCCCUGGGAGAACGGUUGGGCUGCUCCUGAGGAUGACAGCCGUGCUAAGAAUACCGGGGACUCCUUACUUUAUAGCAAUCCUGAUUCCAGUUAUCUUACAUCGUCUCAAUUACUUAAUAGUGAACCAACCACUAGUGAUUCGGCGAUUCCAGAGUCUUAUAAGAGAGUUUAUGGAGAGCUUGGGUCCAAGAUCGAAACGGUUGACGAUUUAAAACAAACUAUUUUUGAUAAGUUGAUUAAAAGUGAUAUAUUGACCAAUUAUCAAAUCACUCGAAUUAUUGAUAUUUUAUACGAUUAUAACUUGUUACCACCUUCAAUUGAAUCUAAUUUCUACCAGAUUCUUGGCUUGAUUGCUUUGGAAAUUGACUUGGCUGGUACAGGGGACUACGUCACUUUGCAAUUCAAAUUAAAUACUAGAUUACCGGAUAUUGCUGGUUCUAUUAUAGAGUUGUUGAUUUCUAAUGAUAAUACCGAUAGUGAAGUUCCUCAAGUUGACGCAGAAGCAAAUUUUAUUGAUCCUUUGACAUCCCAGUUGAAUGAAACUUCUAUUAAUGAUAACGAGGAAGAAAAUGAAUGGAGCAGUCAACCAAUUUCAAAUACUAACAGUGUUGGUGCCACCAAUAAAGAAACAUCGAUAUUGUCCGAUCCAAUUCUAACUGACCAUUCUUCAAUCCAGCAGAAACAAACCAAGAAUGAAUUUGAAAGCUCUAAUCCUGAGCCUAUUGAAUAUAACGAGAUUACAAAAUAUAUCGAUGAGAUUAGAGACCGGUUUAAACCUUUAGUCAAUACUCCAAAUACAGUUAGAAUCAAAGAAGUUCCAGAAAAAGAAGGAUUACUAUUCAAGCAUAUUAACUAUAUUAUAACCCAUGAUUUAAAAUUGGGAUUGCAUGGACCAGCAGGUACCAAAAAAGUCAUUAGAAGAUAUAGUGAUUUUGUUUGGUUACUAGAAUAUUUAUUGAAAAAAUACCCUUUUAGGGUUAUACCUGGGUUACCACCCAAAAAGUUUUCUGUAGGAUCAUCUCCUGAUUCUCAAUUUUUACAAAGACGUCGUCGAGGCUUACAUCGAUUUUUAAAUCAAUUAGUUAAGCAUCCAGUAUUGAGACAAGAACCAUUGGUGAUAACUUUUUUAAGUGUCCCAACUGAUUUGAAUACUUGGAAAAAACAAGCUAGAAUUGAUUAUUCAUUAGAAUUCAAAGGACAAAAAAUCCUGACUAAUUUCAUCAAUUCUAUUUGGCCAACUAUUGGGGAAGAAUUUUUAAAGAAUUGGAAAAAUUGUGAGACUAAUAUUAAUAAGUUGAUAGAAAUUUGGACUAAAUUAGUUGUUCUAGUCGAAAGAUACGAAAAAAGACAACAACAAAUUGCAUUUGAUAAUGGAAAAUUUGUUGAAAUGAUUAAUAAAUUUAAUGAAUUAGACGAUAAUUUAUAUCCUCAUAAAAACAAUGAAAAUACUGAAAUAAUUGCAAAUAAUAAUAAAGAUGAUGUUAACUCUAUAAAUGAUUCCUUACAUUUUAUUUCUGAAUUUUUCAAUAAAUCAAAUCAAGCAUUGAUUGAUGAAAGUUACAAUAUAAAUACUACAAAUUUAGAAAAAUUUAAAAAUUAUUUGGAUUAUUUAUAUUCAUUACAAGAAUUAUUCGAACGUUCCAAAAAAUUAUCAAUUAAUAAUAUUAAUAAUUUACAAAAUAAAAUUCAAGAAAAUGAACUAAAAUAUUCAAAAUUGAAUACUGAUGAUGUUGAUAUUAAGGGAAGCGAAUUGGUUAAAUUGAGACAAGUUAUCAUUAAUGAUAAACAAGAAAUCUUUCAACAAUUAAAUAAGGAUUGGCUAAUUAAAAAUUGCUGUUUUGAAGAAUUUUUAAUGUUUCAAGAAACCCAAUUCUUAAUUAGUGAAAUUUGGAUUGAUUGGUGCAAAGGAAGAUCAAACUUCCAAUCAAAAUUUUCUGAAUUAUUUGAUAAUUUAAAUAAUGAAAUCUUAAAUGACAUGCCUUUAAGUAGAUAGUUUUAAUUCUUAGCAUU